GCGCGCUGGUCCGGCUCGGCCUGUUCUGUCCCAAUCAUUGUAAACAGGCGGAGGCUGGGCAGGGAGGGAAUGGGGUGCCUGCGGCCGGCCUGGGGCGCAGUGCAGGAGACGGCUGCUCUGGCGGCGUGAACGUAGGGAGGCGGUGACUGCGGCGGAGCGGGCAGUCGCGCGGCGGCAGGCACAGGUGUAAUGGAUAGGUAACAGAGAAGACCUUGUCAGGGCAUCAGCAUGACCGAGUGCUUCCUGCCCCCCGCCAGCAGCCCUAGUGAACACCGCAGGGUGGAGCAUAGCAGCGGGCUCACCCGGACCCCCAGCUCUGAAGAGAUCAGCCCUACUAAGUUUCCUGGAUUGUACCGUACUGGUGAACCUUCACCUCCCCAUGACAUCCUCCACGAGCCUCCUGAUGUAGUGUCUGAUGAUGAGAAAGACCAUGGCAAGAAAAAAGGAAAAUUUAAGAAAAAGGAAAAAAGGACUGAAGGCUAUGCUACCUUUCAGGAAGAUAGCUCUGGAGAUGAAGCUGAAAGUCCUUCUAAAAUGAAGAGGUCCAAGGGAAUCCAUGUUUUUAAGAAGCCCAGCUUUUCUAAAAAGAAGGAGAAGGAUUUUAAAAUAAAAGAGAAACCCAAAGAUGAAAAGCAUAAAGAAGAAAAGCACAAAGAAGAAAAACAUAAAGAGAAGAAGUCAAAAGACUUGACAGCAGCAGAUGUUGUUAAACAGUGGAAGGAAAAGAAAAAAAAGAAGAAGCCAAUUCAGGAGCCGGAGGUGCCUCAGGUUGAUGUUCCGAAUCUCAAACCCAUUUUUGGAAUUCCUUUGGCCGAUGCAGUAGAGAGGACCAUGAUGUAUGACGGCAUUCGGCUGCCGGCAGUUUUCCGUGAAUGUAUAGAUUACGUAGAGAAGUAUGGCAUGAAGUGUGAAGGCAUCUAUAGAGUUUCAGGAAUUAAAUCAAAAGUGGAUGAGCUAAAAGUAGCUUAUGACCGAGAGGAGUCUACAAACUUGGAAGAGUAUGAGCCUAACACUGUAGCCAGUUUGCUGAAGCAGUAUUUGCGAGAACUUCCAGAGAAUUUGCUUACCAAAGAGCUUAUGCCCCGAUUUGAAGAGGCUUGUGGUAGGACCUCAGAGAGCGAGAAAGUGCAGGAAUUCCAGCGCUUGCUGAAAGAACUGCCGGAAUGUAACUAUCUUCUGAUUUCCUGGCUCAUUGUGCACAUGGACCAUGUCAUUACAAAGGAACUGGAAACUAAAAUGAAUAUUCAGAACAUUUCUAUAGUGCUCAGUCCAACUGUUCAGAUCAGUAAUCGAGUCCUGUAUGUGUUUUUUACACACGUGCAAGAACUCUUUGGAAAUGUGGUUCUAAAGCAAGUGACAAAACCUCUGCGGUGGUCUAACAUGGCCACGAUGCCCACACUGCCAGAGACCCAGGUUGGCAUCAAGGAAGAGAUCCGGAGACAGGAGUUUCUUUUGAAUUGUUUACAUCGAGAUUUGCAGGGGGGGAUAAAGGAUUUAUCUAAAGAAGAAAGAUUAUGGGAAGUACAAAGGAUUUUGACAGCCCUCAAAAGAAAACUAAGAGAAGCAAAAAGGCAGGUGAGUUCUAUCUGUUAUUUUGGUACAUCAUUUCAGGAGAAUGAGAUCCUCACGGAACAGGAGGAGCUACUGGCCAUGGAGCAGUUUCUGCGUCGGCAGAUUGCCACCGAAAAAGAAGAGAUAGAACGCCUCAGAGCUGAGAUUGCAGAAAUUCAGAGUCGCCAGCAACACGGCCGAAGUGAAACCGAGGAGUACUCCUCUGAGAGUGAGAGUGAGAGUGAGGACGAAGAGGAACUGCAGAUCAUUCUAGAAGAUCUACAGAGACAGAAUGAAGAGCUAGAAAUAAAGAACAAUCACUUGAACCAAGCGAUUCAUGAGGAGCGGGAGGCCAUCAUCGAGCUGCGCGUUCAGCUCCGCCUGCUGCAGAUUCAGCGCGCCAAGUCUGAUCAGGCAGCGCCAGAGGAUGAGGAGCCUGAGCGGCGUGGGGGUGUGGCCCAGAUGCCCAGAGAUUGUGUUGUGGAGGCCAAAGCAGCCAAAGAGCAGCCAAAGGCAGGCAAGGAGCAAGCGAAGCCAUCCCCAAGCAAGGACAGGAAGGAGACACCCAUCUGAGCCGCCUAGCAUGCUCAUGGUGGAAUCCUCUAGACUCACAAGGACCUGUGCAUCUUACUGUAAUCCUGAGAGCUGCGGGUGCACUCUCUCGCACUGUCUAUUCUGUAAAGAUGUCUUCUCCUCUCAGAGACCCUUCCUCUUUCACACGUCUGACCCCUCACAGCAGGCUCAGGUCCGGAGGGAGGUCGAAGCAGAGGGCACACUGUGGGCUGGUAGGGACAGAUUAGUUUUCCAGAUAGUGUCAGCUUAUUUGAAGAUUAAUUUUCCUUGUUAACUUAAAAUAACUACUUUAACCCUUGAGUGGCUUCUUUUUAAACCAAAAAUUGUCUUUCUUUGCUUUUUUAUCACAGCAGAAUCAGGAUCUCUUUCUCAUUUUGGGGGGGAACCCAACCAGGUCAGUCCUGUGCCUGCCUGCCCCACGUCCUGCCCUCCAGAUCUCUGUGUCCCUGGUCACUCUUGCUUGUGCCUUUCACACCUUUUCGGUGCAGAUUAUACAAUGGGGGAGCUGCCUCAUGUUUUCUGACUGGCCAGAAUGGCUCCUAUGGGUGUACCUAUUACCCACCCCGUAACUCUCUUUUGACAGUUCCAAACCACAGUCCAUGAGCCCAAGUCACCAGGACGGCCUUGUUUGGUUGCACACAGAGGCUGCCUGUGGAGCCUGCCCACCUGCCCUGGCCCCUACAAGGCCCAGCAUGGAGGAGGCCCCACUCCUGCCGGUUACUCACUGCCGUGGCCAGCAAAGGCCUUUUUACCGGGUUGGUGGGAAGGUGGUUGCCUUGACCUGGUGCCUCCACACAAAGGAUGUUUAUCAAACCAGAAAUCCUUUCCAUGACUGACCCUCUAGUAAAAACAGAAUGACUCCAAUUGCUUGCUUGGGCUAGAAUGUACAUGUCUCCUUGCCUGAAUAAGCCAUAUAAAUGCUCUUAAACAAAAUUCAGAAUUAUCCGUGCUGUCUCAGUGAACCUACUGGUGGACUUUCAGUUGACAAGAUUAGCAAUAGAGACAAAUUACCUUCCUUGUAAUGCUAGCUGUGACUCGCCCUGCUCCAUUUCCUGCCUCUAGUCCAUCAGAUCAGUGCUCUGAGGCUGCUGGGAGGCUGGGUUCCGGAGGCAACUGGAUUGUGGUCAGCUCUGUCAGAGUGAGUGGUACCAUGAGACUGGCCAGGUCUCCUGGCUCAGGAGAAACCCCCACACACUCAAGGGGGUGGAAACCACCCCACCGAGGGCUCUCCCCUCCUCCUCCUAGUUAGUAUUUAUUUUCAGCACCUGUUUGAUGCAGUUUUUUAUCUUCUACCUAUUGCACUGUUGUGACUUGUUGGCCAUUAUUUGAUUUUUGUAUGAAAAAAAGCUUUGUUAUAGAAAUCAGCAUACUAUUUUUUUAAAUCUGGAGAGAAGGUAUUCUGGUGACUGAAAGUACCGUCAGGUGUCAGACAUAUACGUGUAAAGGCCUUCUUGCUGUCCUGUCGGUCCUAGUACAUUCACUUUACAGCUGCUGGCAAUAUUGAAGGUUCCUUUUUUAUUUGUGUAAACUCUAAUUUCUACCCAGGUAUCAUGGAUUUUUAAAAUUAGUGUUUCAUUACAAAUAUCUCAGCGUUGGUUAAUUAAUUUUUGCCAGGACCAUUAUUGAUUGAGCAAAUAAAUUUAACAGCCAUUUGGGAAAAA